AUGCCGGAAAGAGGGCGGCUGAAGGACCGCCGCCGACCAUGCCCCAAACCAAGGCGAGCAGAUGGAGUGAUGAAGAAACGAUGUAUCGUUGGCCCAACCAUGGCCCAGAAUGGUGGCAUACUAUUACUGUAUAUAUUAAAACUGCCGCAAACUACCUUCUGCUCGCCUUUGCUGUUCGUCUCGGCCGGCCGCCGGCCCCAACAGUGCCUCGACAAGAUGGAUUUGGUAUACGUACCAAACGAGGACACUACAGAUAUGGGACAGAGGACCACAGACGGAAAUACAGCUCAAGUUGAUGAUUAUAAGAAUAAGGUUGAUGAACUUUUUGAGAAGGUUGACAAGCUUGAGCAAAGAGUGAAUGAAGUUGAACAAUUUUACUCACGACUAAAUGAAACAAACACUUCCAAAAAUGCUUCAAGUUCCAAGGACAAAGAGAAGGAGAAACAUAUUCCCAGCAUGAAGAAGCUACAGCAGGAUGCUUCACGCAGAGAGGCUGCUGCUGCUAAGAGAAUGCAAGAGCUUAUGCGCCAGUUUGGUACUGUAUUUCGUCAGAUGACACAACACAAGUGGGCAUGGCCUUUUAUGCAACCAGUAGAUGUUGAAGGACUUGGUUUGCAUGAUUACUAUCAGAUUAUUGACAGGCCCAUGGAUUUCAGUACAAUAAAGAACCAAAUGGAAACCAGAGAUGGUACUGGUUAUAAGCACGUGCGCGAGAUAUGUUCUGAUGUACGCUUGGUCUUUAAAAAUGCGAUGAAGUAUAAUGAUGAGAAAAGCGAUGUCCAUGUCAUGGCAAAAUCUUUACUGGAGAAAUUUGAGGAGAAGUGGCUGCAGUUCUUGCCAAAAGUUGCAGAAGAGGAAAGAAUACGAGAAGAGGAGGAAGCUGAAGCACAAAUGAACUUGCAGCUAGCCCAAGAGGCUGCUCAUGCUAAAUUGGCCAGGGAUAUCAGUAAUGAGCUUUGUGACAUUGAUCUGUAUAUAGAAGAGCUCAGAGAAAUGGUGGUAAGGAAUUGCAGACACUUAUCUACCUUGGAGAAAAGAAAGCUAGGGGCUGCCCUCUCCAAAUUAUGCCCUGAAGACCUUAGCAAGGCACUCGAUAUUGUUGCUCAGAGUAACCCUGACUUCCAAGCCAAUUCCGAAGAGGUCGAGCUCGACAUAAAUGCUCAGAGUGAAUCGACUUUGUGGAGGCUGAAAUUUUUUGUGAAGGAUGCGCUAAAGGCUCGAAAUAAGAUUGAGAUAAAUAACAUGGAUGCUGCUGUGAAUGCUCCUGACGAGCAGAAUAACAAUAUAAUCUCCAAACGUAAACGAGAGAUAUGCGAUGCUCUUGCAAAGACUGCCAAAAAACGCAAGAAAAAACCGGCAGGGUCGUAA